GAUAGCUUGUAUAAAUAUUCCCGAGACAUAAUAUAAACUGAUUAGAAAUUUUCUGUUGCUUAUAAAAGUUGAAUUUAUUUCUACAAAUUUAGUUAAAACCCAAAAUGAACUCUAAAAUUAUUACCAUCUCCAUCGCCAUCACUGCUAUUAUCAUGAUAGUAGCUCUAAAACCAGUACACAGCCAAGGAUGUGCUGAUGUAGAGUGCACUGGAGGGCCAUACGACAAAUGUUUUGAAUGUGGAAGUGCAUGUCCACUGACUUGUGACAAUCCUAGCAUGGAAGGCAAAGCUUGUAUCAUGGUUUGCAUGCAGAACGUGUGCCAGUGUACUCAGGGAACUGUUCGUGGACCAAAUGGCAAAUGUAUUGAUGCUUCUGAAUGUCCUGCAAAAAGUAGUUGAAAAAAAAUAAACCAAUUUAUUAAAUUUAUAUAUACUGAUUUAUUGAAUAAAUAAAAUAAUUUUCUCAACA